GAGAAAGUGCAGCGGCCGCCAUUUUGAGUGGUCGCUUAGAGCAGAGAGUUGUCUGGAGCUUUGCGGAGCCGAAGGGCGACUUAAGCGCUCGCUGGGAAGUGGACGCAUCGGGCGCUGCACCUACACCAGUCUAUUCCGUAUCGACGUUUGCUCUUGAAGUCAAUCACCAUGAGCGAAGUGGAGGGACGAGAAUCACGUUCCAAGUCACCAGCUGAAAGUGCACCACGUGUGAAAUCUGAGAGCAGAUCCAGAUCCCGUAGUGCAUCAAGGGCUUCCAAACGUUCUAAAUCCCGUUCCCGAUCCAGGUCCAAGUCAAGAUCCAGAUCUAGAAGGCAUUCCCACAGACGAUAUUCCCGCUCACGCUCCCGUUCCCACUCUCGCAAAAGGAGGUCAAAGAGUAGGUCCUACACACCAGAAUACAGGCGACGAAGGAGCCGCAGUCACUCUCCUAUGUCCAACCGAAGGAGACAUAAUGGCAGCAGGGCAAACCCAGAUCCCAAUCUAUGUAUUGGCGUGUUUGGCCUAAGUUUAUAUACAACAGAAAGAGAUAUAAGAGAAGUCUUUUCUCGUUAUGGUCCCCUUGCUGGUGUCAAUGUAGUUUAUGAUCAGCGUACUGGAAGAUCAAGGGGCUUUGCCUUUGUCUACUUUGAACGAAUUGAAGAUUCCAGAGAGGCUAUGGAACAUGCAGAUGGAAUGGAACUGGAUGGCAGGAGAAUCCGGGUUGACUACUCCAUCACAAAAAGAGCACACACCCCAACGCCAGGCAUAUAUAUGGGAAGACCCACCCACGGUGGAGGAGGUGGUGGAGGAGGAGGAGGCAGCAGCAGCAGCAGCAGCAGCCGCCGUCGUGACUCCUAUUCCGAUAGGGGAUAUGACCGGGGCUAUGACAGAUAUGAUGAAUACGACUACAGGUACAGGAGGCGAUCCCCAUCACCUUAUUACAGCCGAUACAGGUCCAGGUCACGAUCACGUUCUUACAGCCCAAGGCGCUAUUAGGACUUUCAGGAUGUGCUUUUUAACCUUAUUGGAUUUAGCCCUUUUUUUAGUUUUUGCAUUUUUGUUAAAUGUACUGUUCUGUGAAUAUUAGUUGUAUUGCUGUAGUUUUUGUUUAGCAAACCUAAGCAAAUACAAACUAUGCAUUCACUUGAAAAUUUGGUGUCUGUAUAACCAUGAUUUGGUCUGAUCGCCAGGGGUUUUCCCCUCCAACCACUAUGGUCUUCAAAAGGACACUGGGAGGGGGGCUGUGAAACUAUUUUUGUGCAUAUAGAAAAGCAGUGUACAAUAAACAUAUUUUUUUUCUGA